AUGGCUUCCCCUGUCCUCCUCGUCGCCGCGGCGCUCUGCCUCUGCGCGUUGUUGUUCGGAGCAGGGGAGGCGGCGGUGAGGGGAGCAGCAGCGGUGGUGGAAGCGUCGGCAUUCCGCAGCAGGGCGACGGCCCCCAACAUGGAGGUGAAGUUCGACUUCUCGCCGUUCCUGAUCCAGUACAAGAGCGGCCGCGUGCAGCGGUUCAUGGGCACGACGUUCAUCCCGGCGUCCAUGGACUCGCGCACCGGGGUGGCCUCCAGGGACGUCGUCGUGGACAACCGGACCGGCCUCGCGGUGCGUCUGUACCGGCCGAGCCGCCGCGCCGUGGCCACCGGCGGCGGCAGGCUCCCCGUGCUGGUGUACUUCCACGGCGGCGCGUUCGUGGUGGAGUCGGCGUUCGACCCCGUGUACCACAACUACCUGAACGCGCUGACAGCCAAGGCCGGAGUCAUCGCGGUGUCGGUGAACUACCGCCUGGCACCGGAGCACCCGCUCCCGGCGGCGUACGACGACUCGUGGACGGCGCUGGCGUGGGUGCUCGAGAACGCGCGGCGCGGAGGCGGGGACCCGUGGCUCGCCAAGCACGGCGACGCCUCCCGCCUGUUCCUCGCCGGUGACAGCGCCGGCGGCAACAUCGCGCACAACCUGGCAAUGCGCGCGGGCCAGCAGCAGCAGCAGGCCGGCGCCGCCGCCGCGAGGAUCAACAUCAAGGGCGUGGCGCUGCUGGACCCGUACUUCCUGGGCCGGUACGUGAGCGGGGGCGCGCAGCGCACGUGGGACUUCAUCUGCGCGGGGCGGUACGGGAUGGACCACCCGUACGUGGACCCGAUGGCGGCGCUGCCGGCGGAGGUGUGGCGGCGGCUCCCGUCCGCGAGGGUGCUGAUGACGGUGUCGGACCAGGACCGGCUCGGCCCUUUCCAGCGCGCGUACGUGGACGCGCUCCGGGCUAGCGGCUGGGGCGGCCAGGCGCGCCUCUACGUCACGCCCGGCGAGGGCCACUGCUACUUCCUCAACAACCUGGACUCGCCCAAGGCCGCCAUGCAUAUGGCCACGCUCGCCGCGUUCAUCAACGGCAGCUAA